AAAAGAUAAACACCACUUUGACGUACAAAAAAAGCUCUUUUUUUACAUCAAAAAAGAGAAGCAAAAGCAUAUUGGUUUUUUUUGAGAGGACGUGAGUUUGGCAUGUAAAAUAUAGUACUACUACUACAAACUUUACCUAAUCAUUUCAUUACAUUUUACGUACACCCCCACACACACAUUACAUACAGUUUUCGACAUUCACAUUUUUCACAACACUACAACUAGUCUAAAUUCUUUGAUUCAGAAUGAAUACCGAACACAAGCCCGAGUUGCAAAACGUUAUUGGAAACGACCCGAGUUUGCUUGAAAGACAACAAGCAAGGAUGAAAUGGCAACAACAACAACAGCAAUGUUUUUAUAAUGGGAAUGAUCAUCAUAUGCAAAACAUGUUCACGAUAUCUAAUAUUAUAGAUAUCGUGAAGCCCGACCCAGGGAUAUUGGACGAGGGUUGGGCCGGGUUUGAUGGUGUUGCAUAUGAUGAUCAUCAUCAAUUGGGUUAUAAUAAUAAUAAUAUUGGGUAUAUGAAUCAAAACAAUGUUGUAAAUGUGACACCAUUAGGAGUAGUGGAUCAAACAUUUCCACGUGGCAAUUCAGCUUCAGCUUCAGCUACUACUGCAUCUGUUUCAGUGUCACCUAAGAAGAGAAAAUCAGAUACUAAGGGUCAAAGCCUACAGGUAGUUACUACUGAAAAGGAAAAAAAGAUAAAAGGGUGUAGUGCUGAAGAAGGGGAUUCCAAAAUCACACAUCAAAAUAGUAACAAUGACACCAAAGAAGCUUCUACAAACACUUCAUCUAAGGAUAAAUCCAAGGUUACCGAGGUUCAAAAACCGGAUUAUAUUCAUGUCCGUGCACGUCGUGGUCAAGCAACCGAUAGCCAUAGUCUAGCAGAACGAGUAAGAAGGGAGAAAAUAAGUGAAAGAAUGAAGUACUUGCAAGAUUUGGUACCAGGGUGCAACAAGAUCACAGGGAAAGCUGGAAUGCUUGAUGAAAUUAUUAACUAUGUUCAAUCCCUUCAAAAACAAGUAGAGUUCCUAUCCAUGAAACUUGCUAGUGUCAAUCCGGAGCUAGAUUUCAACAUCGAUAGUGUAUUCUUGAAAGAGAUGUUUCAAUCCACAACAAGCGAAUUUCCAGCACUUGGGUGUUCUUUGGAAAGGGCCAAUUCUGCAUAUUUUCAGUUAAACACAUUGGAUCAAGUCAUGUCGUAUCCUGGACUAGACGUGGGAGUUCAUUCUGCAGAAAUGGCAUUAAGAAGAAAUAUUAGUGCGCCAAUAUCUAUGCCCGAAACAUUUAUGGAUUCAUCUUGUUUCAAUCAAAUACAGCCAACUGCACACUGGGAUGCUGAUUUACAGAAUCUGUACAAAAUGGAAUUUGAACAAGGAACAUUGAUACCAUUUCAAUCCCAUCAAUUCACAGGUUCAAAUGAAGGAAGUAAUCUGAAGAUGGAGAUGUGAUCAGUUGAAGGAAUUUUUGUGGCAUAAAUUAGACCGGAAUGUUAUUGAUCCUUAUUCUUUACUCAUUUGCCAAAGUAUAUAUAUAUCAUAUAUGCAAGUAUGAAUACUGGCAUUGUAGGAAUAAUAAUUAGAAUAUAGAAUGCAUAUUACAAACACGAUUUCCACCUUAUGUUUGCAGAAUGUAUGAUACAGAUAAGGUUAUUUAAGAUUUAGUA